AUGGCAGAGGGAACAGCUGGUGAGGAGGCAGGAGCGGAAGACGACGGGGCGAUCUGCUGGAUAUGCGCGGAACCAGUCAAGUAUUACUCCGUGUCGGCCUGCAACCACAGGACGUGCCAUGUCUGUGCGCUUCGUCUCAGGGCCCUGUACAAGAAACUGGACUGUACGUUCUGUAAGGAACCUCAAUCUACCGUCAUAUUCACCACUUCCGCCGACACCCCUUUUGCCGAAUACACACCUGAGAUGAUCUCUCACAAGGAUACGAAGUUGUCCAUCAGCUUUGAGACCGCAGAGAUGAUGGAAGAGACCCUUAUCCUGCUUCGCUUCAACUGUCCCGUCACCGAGUGCGACUAUACCGCGACCGGCUGGGGUGACCUCAAGCUCCACACUCGCGGUGUUCAUGGGAAGGUGAUCUGCGACCUCUGUAUCCGACAUAAGAAAGUCUUCGCGCAUGAGCACACGCUCUAUCCUCCGAGCAUCCUGCCACUGCAUCUUCCGUCGAUGCCACAUCGCUCGAACAGGAAACACGACAUCUCACAGGAGAAGAUCGAGGGCGGUGUGCACCCGAUGUGUCAGUUUUGCCGCGAAUGCUUCUUCAGCGAUGACGAGCUGUUCUCGCACAUGCGAGAGAAACACGAGGAAUGCUUUGUUUGCAGACGGAACGAGGUUAUAUUUCAGUACUUCCAGAACUACGAGGCUCUUGAGCAACACUUUAAUCAAGCGCACCACCCAUGUACAAACGCGCGAUGUCAAGCCCAAAAGUUCGUCGUCUUUGGUUCGACAAUGGACCUCCAAGCGCAUAUGGUCGAGGAGCACGGCGGUGAGAUGACUGCUCGUGACAAGCGCGAGGCUUUGCGAAUCCAAGCCGAGUUUGAAUUUCAGGAUGGCGGUGGGGGUGGGGGUGGAGGCGGCGGUAGACGAAGAAGAGGGCGAGGUGGGAAUGGAGCCGAGGAUUCAGCGCAGGAUCAGACGCAACAGCAAGCUCCUCCACGUCGGAGAAGAGAAUUUGGUGGUCGCCUUACGACGGAUGAUGGAGGAUCGGGGCUUGCUCCCCAACCUGCUUUUGCCAGGCCCAACGGACUGCCAGUGACGCCAGGUCUGGAGGAAUCGGAUCCCGUUGCCGCCGAGCGUGACUCAGCUCUAGCAGCACGCAUCGCCGGCCUCGCGCCUAACCCCACGCAUGCGGUUGCCGCCCUCCGCCUCUCCUUGCGCGCCUUCCGUGCGGGCGAGUCCUCGGCGCGCGACCUCAUCAGCACUGCGUGGAACGUGCUCGACCGACACCUCGACCACACCGCCUCUGCCGUGAACGCCCUGGUCGAUGCGCUGGGCGGUGACGAGGAGGAAGAGAAGAAAGCCGCGUUGCUCGAGGCGUGGAACGGGUUCAAGCUCGAGCAGCGCGCGCAGUUUCCUGAUCUUGUUCCGCGCGAGAUCGGUGGUGGCUACGCCGGGAUCGCGAGUGGGAGGGUUAUCAAUGCGAAGCACGCCACGCAGGCGGGUAGGCGAGGCGCAGGAGGAGCGAGGCAGGGACAGGUGUGGGACCGUGUUGCGGCUGCUGCGUCGUCCUCGAGCGCUGGACCGCCCACGGCGUUCCCCGCGCUGCCCGGGCCCAGUCGACCCUCGCCAGUGCCGACGCCCAGGCCGCCCGCGGCGUCUGCAUUCCCAGCCCUUGGCGGAGGCUCCUCCGGUGGAUCCGGAGGGCGCCCUUCAGGCGCCCGAAACACACCAUGGGCCUCGUCCGCAUCUGCUUCACCAGCGCCCUCUGCCCAAGCUGGCUUCCGAGCACCUUCAGCGGUGCCUACACCCGUUUCUGUGCCCGGACCGGGUGCGUCCGCAGGGGGCAAGAAGGGCAAAGGCGGCGGACCGCCGGCGCUGUCGAAUGCAGCGUUCCCGGGAUUGCCGAGCAACAGCACGGGACAGCGCGCGAAGCCGUCUGUGCGCGGGAACACAUCGCUGAAGAAGAUUCUAGGGGAGAGCGCGCCUGCUGGGAAUGUAUGGGGCGGUGGGAGUGGAAGCAACGGGCCGGGAGAUGGAGCGGGGAGCUGGGCGGUACCGCCGGCUGCUGGUGGAGAUGGGGAGGCUCAAGGAGGGGGAGGGGGAGGGAAGGGGAAGAAGAGCAAGGGUAAGCAGAAGCAGACGCUAUUUACGCUUGGUGCGUUCCCUUCGUGA